UAAACUACAAUUCCCACACCAAUUGUUUUGGCGAACUCGUGCCGGACAAUAUGGCGUCCUCUUGAAACGAAUACCAAUCGCAAUUAUUUUUGGAUAAUACUCUACGAUGGCGGGUGAUACGAGCGACAAGAAGGAUGCCGAGACCUCGGCGGCGGUCAAGGACAGAGAAAGAAAACCACGCAGUCGUUCUCGAGAACGUAAGAGACAUCGUUCAAGGGAACGAAAUCGCUCAAAGUCUCCAGAAAGAGGCCGGCGGUUGAAAGAUCAGGAGAGGGGCAAGGAGCGCGAAGAGAGAGACCGUGCCCGAAAAGACAGAGAGAAAGAUGGUCACCGGCGUGAUCGAACAAAGAAAUCAAGGAGUCUAUCACCAAAGUCCAAAGAGGCUAGGCUUAAGAGGGAGAAAGAUAUAAAAACAGAAGAAGAUGAAGAGAAAAAGAAGAAAGACAAGGCCCAACCUCUCUCGCUGGAGGAGCUCCUGGCCAAGAAGAAAGCUGAGGAGGAAGCCGAGGCAAAGCCCAAGUUCCUGACGAAGGCCGAGCGAGAGGCGGAGGCCAUCAAACGGAGAGAGCAACAGACGGAAGAGAAGAAGAAAACGAUAGAUGAGGAGAGGAAGAAGAGAAGGGUGUUCCAGGACACAGGAAGGAAAAUGAUGGAGGACCCGCAAGAGAGGGAGAGGCGAGAGAGGAGAGAACGGAUGGAGAGGGAGAGCAACGGCAAUGACGAGGAUGAUGGCAGGCAGAAGAUCAGAGAAGAGAAAGACAAAGGAAAAGAACUCCAAGCAAUCAAGGAGCGCUACCUGGGCGGGACCAAGAAGCGGAGACGCACGCGCCACCUGAACGACAGGAAGUUCGUCUUUGAGUGGGACGCCUCCGAAGACACUUCCAUCGACUACAACCCCAUCUACAAGGAGAAGCAUAGCGUGCAGCUGUACGGUCGAGGCUACAUCGCCGGCAUUGACCUGAAGCAGCAGAAGAGGGACCAAUCCCAUUUCUACGGUGAACUGAUGGAGACGAGACGUACGCUGGAGGAAAAGGAGCAAGAAGAGGUCCGACUGAAGAAGGUUCGUAAGAAGGAGGCCAAGCAGCGCUGGGACGACCGGCACUGGGUGCAGAAGAAGCUGGAGGAGAUGACGGACAGGGACUGGCGUAUCUUCAGGGAGGACUACAGCAUCACCACCAAGGGCGGCAAGAUCCCCAACCCCAUCCGGAACUGGAAGGAGUACUCGCUGCCGCCGCACAUCGUGGAGGUCAUCGACGCCUGCGGCUACAAGGAUCCCACUCCUAUCCAGAGACAGGCCAUUCCCAUUGGCUUACAGAACCGUGACAUCAUCGGUGUGGCCGAGACGGGUAGCGGUAAAACAGCCGCCUUCCUCAUUCCUCUUCUGGUAUGGAUCACCACCCUGCCCAAAAUCGACAGGAUUGAGGACUCCGACCAGGGUCCCUACGCGGUCAUCCUCGCCCCGACCCGUGAGCUGGCUCAGCAGAUCGAGGAGGAGACGCUAAAGUUCGGUAAGCCUCUGGGCAUCCGGACGGUGGCCGUGAUCGGAGGUAUCUCCCGCGAGGACCAGGGCUUCCGCCUGCGGAUGGGCUGCGAGAUUGUGAUUGCCACGCCGGGUCGUCUGAUCGACGUGCUGGAGAACCGUUACCUGGUGCUGGGCCGCUGCACCUACGUGGUGCUGGACGAGGCCGACCGCAUGAUAGACAUGGGCUUUGAGCCCGACGUCCAGAAGAUCCUGGAGUACAUCCCUGUGACCAACCAGAAGCCCGACACGGACGAGGCAGAGGACCCCGAGAAGAUGAUGAUGAACUUUGAGUCCGGCAAAGGAAAAUACAGACAAACGGUCAUGUUCACAGCCACCAUGCCCGCGGCGGUGGAGCGGCUGGCCAGGAGCUACCUGCGGCGUCCCGCCGUGGUCUACAUCGGCUCUGCGGGCAAACCUCACGAGAGGGUGGAGCAGAAGGUGCUGCUCAUGGGCGAGGGAGAGAAGAGGAAGAAGCUGUUGGAGGUGCUGAACCGCGGCUUCGAGCCGCCCAUCAUCAUCUUCGUCAACCAGAAGAAGGGCUGCGACGUGCUGGCCAAGUCUCUGGAGAAGAUGGGAUUCAACGCUUGCACACUUCACGGUGGCAAGGGCCAGGAACAAAGAGAGUUUGCCCUGUCCAACCUGAAGGCCGGCGCCAAAGACAUCCUGGUGGCCACUGACGUGGCCGGUCGUGGUAUCGACAUCCACGACGUGUCCAUGGUGCUCAACUACGACAUGGCCAAGAACAUCGAAGACUACAUCCAUCGUAUCGGACGUACGGGCCGAGCGGGCAAGAGCGGCAUGGCCAUGACCUUCCUGACCAAGGACGACGCCCAGGUCUUCUACGACUUGAAGCAGGCCAUCAUGGAGAGCCCCGUGUCCACGUGCCCGCCGGAGCUCACCAACCACCCCGACGCCCAGCACAAGCCGGGCACCAUCCUCACCAAGAAGCGCCGCGAGGAGACCAUCUUCGCCUGAGGAGAGCGCCUAAGCUUGAGGGCUGGGCCGCCAGACUGGACCCCGCUGCACUAGAUGGAUGUUUCGUUUCGUAACCAUGAUAGACCCUUAACGUCGACACAGCAGUCCGAUUCCCCCCCCCCCCCCCCCCCCCCCAUGUUAAUCCAGUGCACAGGGGCGGUUUUGGUCCCGUUGUUCAAUACCCUGCCUAUGGUUUUGUUUUCAUGACUUCACCACUAAUGGCUUCAUACAUGGGCUUAGGGCUGACGCACGGGGGGCUGACGCACGGAGAUCUUCUCUUGACCUCAGGGGGGAAUGCUAUUUCUGGUGUAGCAAGUAUUGCUGUUUUGAAGAAAAACAACUCUCAAUUCGCUUACUGCAAAUACUUUUAAUACGAUGUGCUUGUAUUUAAAUCCUAUCACUGUAGACGUUUAUGUCCAGUGAAUGACACCCUCUGCAGUUUUCUCUCUUAAAGGUAAACCAUUUUGUACAAUCUCACCCCUCUGAAUUUAAUGGUCUCCUAUUUUUCAGAAGCAGCACCCAAGACCAAUUUGUGACCAGAAAAGUUGUGUUUUUUAUUUUUAUUUUUAAAAUGGUGUGAUGAGACCAAUACCUUUUCAAGUGUUGUCGGGUGGAUUUUGUCACAUUGGUAUGCGUACGAAUACUGCAAGCGGAGUGAUCGGUGUCCUCUUAAUCACACUGCUGUGUCCUGCUUGGGUUAAAGCACUUGUGUGUGUUCAGAGGUUUAAACUGCAUAUCUGAUGUGUUUGAUGGACAAACUAUUCUGAUGUCUCUGACUGGUAGUCCUUCGCCCAGAUGUGCGUGUGUGUGUGUGUGUUGAGGACGCUGUAAUUUGUUUUGUACAGGCCAGUAUCAGUGAAACAAAGGAGUUGGACAACAUUAAAAGUACAUAAAAUGUCA